AAUUAAUAAUGAAUAAUUAAUAUCCAAUUCAUCAUCCUAAUCUUAACCCAAGAUAUAUAAUAGAAUAAAAAGAUCGAAAUCCUCGAAGAGAACAAAGAAUGGAGGAAGAAUUUACUAAUGAUAAUAAUAAUCCAUUUAAGCCAAUUGAAAGAGAACCGAUAGAUGAAACCUUAAAGCAAAACCUUCUUUAACUAAAAUAAGAUGUGUUAUCAUUUUUUAGAAAACUCGAAAACUUAAAAAUAGAAGAAAGAAUGAAAAAAUUCAAAAUAAAAAUUGAUCAAAUUGAGAUUGCAAUAAAUAAAAAUUAAGAUUUGGAUUUAGACCCUUUUUAGUCAUAUUUUACAGAGCUUAAAGAGUUAUUCGUUGGUCAAGCGAGAGAAUAACAACUCUUAGAAACUGUACAAAUUUUUAAUAAUAAGGAAUAUUAAAAAUUGUAAUAGGGUGAUUUAGAAUAUUUUCUUAAAAAUUUAAAAGUAUCCAAUUUUUUAUAUAUUUAGAAAUAUGAAAUUGCUUAUUAAGAAUGUCAACCUUUAAUGAGUUUGGAAUAAGAAUCAGAUACUUUAGAUAUGUAUUUAACUGUGUUUAAUCCAACAAUUUAGAAUUAUAAAGAAAUUAUAUAUUAUGAAAAGGCUGAUACUCCUGUUAAAAAAUAUAAUCAGGAACGUUCAAGCUCGAAAAUGGAUUUAUAUUAACUUGAACUAUUAAUGGAUUUGUUGAAUAAAUAUUACAAAUUUGUAGCAUGUAAUAAUUUUUUUUAUCUUCUUAGUACCUAAUUCUCAAGUAAGCCAUGUGUAAUAUCUAGAACAUGAUAGUAGAACAAAUGAAUAAAAUUAUUUUAAAUAUUCAGGUUGUUAAGAAUUGAUACUUUUUGUAAAGAUGAAUUUUGAUGAAGGGCUUUAAAGUUAUGCUAUCAUUAUUGUUUAUACAAAUAAUAAUCAAAAGAAAUGUAGAUAAAUAUCUCAAAGUAAGUGUAGACUAUAUCUGAAAACGAUUAGCGAUGCAUUGGGUUGUGCAACACAACCUCCAUUUUAUAAUCCUUAAUUUGGUUUUAAUGAAGCUGUUGAUGAGUUUUUAAAGUAUGUAUCAUUGAACCUAGAUUAAUAAAAAGUUUGUGAUUUCUUGUUAGAAAAUAAAGAUUAUUAUUAGAAAGAUAAUCAAAAUAAUCUAAUUAUUGAUGCAUUUGAAAUGUAUAGAUUAGGAUUCAAUAACAAGUUUACAAUAUGAAAAAGCAUGAUAUAAUAAUGAG